AUGAAGUUAAAGUGUCAAGGAAAUGCUCGAGUGAAGAGAGCUCAGCUCAAUCGUCUACGCCGAGACUUUGAGGUCUUAGCAAUGAAGCAGGGUGAAUCAAUCACUGAUUAUUUUGGUCGAGUAAUGACGGUUGCAAACGACAUGAGGAAUUAUGGGGAAGAUGUGGAUGAUGUCAAGAUCGUUGAGAAGAUUUUGAGAACCCUAACUGAUAAGUGGAACUACAUUGUUUGCUCCAUUGAGGAAGCCAAGGACAUAGAUCAACUAUCUGUGGAUGCCUUGCAAAGUUCUCUGCUCGUUCAUGAGCAAAAGUUCAAAGUAAGUGGAGAAGAUGAACAUGCUUUGAAGGUAACUCAUGAAGAGAAAUAUGGUGGAAGAGGACGAGGAAGAGUUGUUUUUCGAGGAGGUCGGGGACAAGGCAGAGGCAGGGCUAGCUAA